AUGUGCCACAAAUCAAAUCUUACAGAGCACGAGCAUUUCCACAAUAGGAAGAAACCUUUUGAAUGUAACGAGUGUGGAAAGGCCUUCAGCCAAAAACAGUAUGUCAUUAAGCAUCAGAACACCCAUACUGGAGAGAAGCUUUUUGCGUGUAAUGAUUGUGGAAAGUCCUUCAGCCAGAAGGAAAACCUGCUCACCCAUCAGAAGAUUCACACUGGAGAGAAGCCUUUUGAGUGCAAAGAUUGCGGGAAAGCUUUCAUCCAGCAGUCAAACCUCAUCAGACAUCAGAGAACUCACACGGGAGAGAAGCCCUUCAUAUGCAAGGAGUGUGGGAAAACCUUUAGUGGCAAAUCAAAUCUUACUGAGCACGAGAAAAUUCAUAUUGGUGAGAGGCCCUUUAAAUGUAACGAAUGUGGAACAGCUUCUGGCCAGAAAAAGUACCUCAUAAAGCAUCAAAACAUCCACACUGGAGAGAAGCCCUAUGAAUGCAAUGAAUGUGGAAAAGCCUUCUCUCAGCGAACGUCACUUAUUGUGCACGUGAGGAUUCAUUCGGGCGAUAAACCCUAUGAAUACAAUGUCUGUGGGAAAGCCUUCUCUCAGAGCUCCUCUCUCACGGUGCACGUGAGGAGCCAUAUGGGUGAGAAGCCCUACGGCUAUAAUGAGUGUGGGAAGGCCUUUUCUCAGUUCUCAACCCUGGCCCUGCAUUUGAGAAUCCACACAGGUAAGAAGCCGUACCAGUGUAGUGAGUGUGGGAAGGCUUUCAGUCAGAAGUCACACCACAUCAGACACCAGAAAAUCCAUACUCAUUAAACGCUCUGAAUGUCUUCAGUAUGGGGAAGUGUUCAUUAAGAAUAUACACCCCAUAAUGCAUCAAUUAGUCAUUCUGAGCCUAAGCCCCACAAAUCAGCCACACAUUUAACAUAAAAUACGAACAGUGGAGAAUUCCUACUGAAGAGGAAGAAGUCUGUAUGAGUAGAAGCCUGCACUUGACGAAUGGAACACAAACACAGUUAUCUACAGUUGAGAAUGGAGAACAGGCUGUUACUACCAUCAGCAUAGAUCUGGACGUCUUCACCAGUCUAGUAAGUAAGCUGUGUUAGAAGAAACGAAAUAAGUUAUGAUCAUACAGUAAUAUGUAACGUGCUUUGAAGAGGACAGAGAUUAUAGAAUAACUAUGCAGGAUUUAGAAUAUGGAAAGAAUUGCUUCAGAUGAAUACCAAGACUGUUUGGAUGCACAUUGUUCUCUGAGGAGCAAAGUCACACACCACAAACUGUAAACAAUAGUAGGAGACAAAUGUGUAGAAACCGAAAGCAGAGAUAUAAAAAUGCUGUACAUUAUACAAAGUUAUGACCUUGGGAGUGAGAAAACAUUCCUUGUAACAUUUGAAAACACGUAGUAGUUCUCAUGAGUCAUUACGCUCAGGAAGUUAGGCACCAGGAAAUUUACCAUUAGAGUAGCCAAAUACAACCUGUUGGGAAUGGAGCAGGAAAGUUGUGGGUGGACUGUUGUGCAGACAUCUGGCAGAACAAGUGAGGUGUGUGUAACUGGAAGACUUCUGGAAGUGAUGGGGAACUGAAGUUGUGGAAUCAUGCAUAUACUGCAGUGACCUUCUGUCAAGUUAGAAUUUCCUUCUAGAAACAGCUUAUCAUGGUAUAAAUAUCUGUAUGGAAAUGUUCACGAUGCAUCAGAAUGCAGACCAACUCCUAAGUGAGUGAAGAAGGGA